AUGUCUCAAAACAGCCUGAGUUUCGUGAUCUCAAGCGGAGCAGGACUGCAGGAUGAUCCUCCGGUCCGACGAUUAAUUAGACCUGGAUCUGCCACCAUUACAACUACUAACCCGAUCGAGGUCAUGGAUAGCUCAUUUUCACAUCGUACUAGCAGUGAAGAAUCCCAUGAGGAAGAUUUAUCUUUACAGCCAGGAUGCUGGCUUGCCACUUACACUAGAAUGCGGAGCAAUGGAACGCAAUCAAAUCAUGCACGACGUACCACCUCUACUAGGGACACAACUCAAUCUCCCGUAUGUCUACACCCGGAGUUUGACUUCCAUAGUACUGCAUACGAAGGCGCAUGCUCUAGAUUUCAGGUGGAUCUGACUGAUCUUACUAUGUUAACGAAUUUCAACAUUGGGAGAGGAACUAUCGCCGCGCUUGCCGCAGAUCCUAGUCGAUUGCUGUCACUGAUAGGAGGCACUGGAUGGUGA